ACGUAGAACUAGUGUUACUUAUAAAUAAAUAUGAGUAAAAAUAAAUGAAUCAAAUGAUAACUUAAAAAUAAAAAAACUCGUCUUAUUAACAUGGGAGACCUUGAAAAUUGACGAUAAUUUCUUCAUCGACCAGUUUAACAAAUAAAAGUAUAUGAACUUAAAUUAAAUCCUUCUUUUAAAAUGGGGAGGCCUCCAAAUCGACCGAGAGAGUUUUCCAUUGUCAAAUCUUACGUUACAAUUGGUUUUGUGUUGGCUGGAGUUUCUGGUGUUGCUUCGAGUUGUCCAUCGGAACUUGGCGGUGCGAGAUCUGGUCAAUUUCCACCUGUUGGCACCGGUUCUUUGAGAGGUUUUGAUUCGCGAGCUCGGAACUCGUUGGUGUUUGUUCGCUGGAGAAGGAGGAGAAAUGGAAGGGUGAAGGCUGGUUCGGGUUUGUUCCAAUUUCACCGGAAGGUGAAGAAAAUUGGGGGUGAUAGGAAAGGAGAAGGAGCAUUGAUGGCCUAAGGGUGGUUUUGGCUGGAAAACAGAG